UCUUCGUCGCGGUGUGAUGACGUAAGACGUACAAGAUUUGAGAAACUCGCGGUGUUCACGAAACGUCUGAAGUUGUAUAGUUCUAAGUAACUCCCUAUUAGAUAUCAGUGUUGAGAUUGUGGACCAUUGUAUACAUAUAAAUGAACAUAUUUAGUAUUUAUAGAGAUAACCUCUAACAACGAAAAGGUGACAUCGCCAUUUAAUCUGAAAUUUAUCCAACUGCACGCGGCAGUUUACCGUUCUUGUACAUCGACUAUCCCUUGCGUGCAUAGCAUCUUUCACUCAGUGUUCUGCUUGACCCUCAUCGGGAUGAUGGAUGGAUGGAUGGAGAUUUUGAUAACAUCACAAACUGAUGUGGCACUUUCCCUUCUCAUCUAGCAGGUUCCAGGCAUGAAAAGGCGCUUGCUUGGAAACCUCUUCCGGAAGAUGAAAUGCGAAUCGUAGCCUGGAAAUAUGGUGCCAAGGUGAUGUGGUUGAAUCCUGCUGCAGAGUUCCUGGUCGUCCCCAAGACUAGGCGAUGGCUCUGAUUCAGCUGGGCCUCCUCCGCUCGGCCCUGUGUCGCUCGCUGCUCCCCGCGGCGAGGCCUUCCUUGGCCGAGUGUGUGAGGCUGCCCUCUGCCGUGCCUCGCGGCUGUGGACGCGAUGUGGUGCCCGCGGCCCCCCUUACCCGUCACUAUGCCAACAAAAAGAGUAAAGCCAAAGGGAAGGCGCAGCCGGGCAAAGUGAAGAUCAACACCGAGCUGGUGCAUGACAUCCUCAACCUGGAGGAGGUAAAGGAGGGCAUGGCCGCCAUCCUGCUCAGCCUGAAGGAGGAGUACAGCCGAAAUCUGAGCCUGCGCACCUCCCCUGGUGCUCUGGAUCAUAUUGUGGUGACCACAACGAAUGGCAAAGUCCCACUCAAGCAGCUGGGACAGAUCUCAAUGAAGUCUCCACAGCUUAUCGUAGUCAACAUGACUGGGUCCCCUGAGGUCACGGCGGCGGCUGCUCGCGCCCUGAGAGACAGCAGCCUGAGGCUGAACCCGGAGGUGGACGGAACCAUCAUACGGGUGCCUAUUCCCAUGGUUACGCGUGAGCACAGGGAGAACCUAUGCAAGCUGGCCAAGGAGUUCAGCCAUAAGGCCAAGGAGUCGUUGAGGAAGGUGCGAUCAGGGGCCAUCGGCACGCUGAAGAAAUCUAAGGACGGAGUUUCAGAAGAUACCCUGCGCUUGAUAGAGCAGCACGUGCAGCAAAUGACAGACAGCUUCACUGCCGACAUAGACAAACAACUCGCCGCCAAAACUAAGGAGCUUCUAGGAUGAGAUGUCCUGGAGGAAUCACCCUCAAAGGGCCUGUCAAGGGACCCCAACCCCCCCGUCAUCAACCACAGAGCGGCUUUCAAUGUCAUACGUUGUCUGUUACCCACUUUGGACUGGAGAUCUUGUUGACAUGUGACCUUUGCAAAACGAAUAAAAGAGACACUAGCAUCUGUCGCUAAAUCGGAAUAUGGAAAAUCUGAGCCCAUGGUGCUGAACGUGCCGCCCGGGCCUCGACCGGCUUUGGCAGCCGACGCCCACAGCCGGUUGGGCCCUUUGUGUGGCGCGUCUUCAAACAAACCGACAGAAAAUGGACUUUUAAUGGGAUUUUGAGUCCUCCUUUUAAUCAAACUGCCGGCAUGAACAUCGUGUUUACGCACGAAAGCGCCACACUGAAUGUAAACUGUGGCAUGAGCGUCUCGUUCACAUGAUUACAGGUAUUAAUGUUUGGCCAACAUUUUGCUCCAAAAACGGCAUAAAGCAGAUUUUGCGAACUCGUUUCAUCUUGUUUUCCACCCGUCGCACCGUAUCUCCUCAAACCUACUAAUGUACACAGAGAAAAAUGGCGCCAUUAUUCACCCAUGCUUUGAGCAUUUCAGUUUGAGAGGGUUCUGGUUUUAGGUUUUUUGUUUGAUUUUUUUUUUUCUCCAAGCUCGGCUCCCUUAAAUGAGAGCUGAUUGUGACCACACUGCAUCGAUCUCAUCUGUCAUAGUCUUUUACAUGCAGGCUUUAAGUGUCCCAAUCUGGAGUUUCUGACAGAUAUUUGCUAUGACGUGACCUGUUUUCCCUAAACAAAUGUGUUAACUCUUGCCAUAGAGUUAGUGAGUCUCUGUACUGACUCUCUACUGUUAUUAAACACUAUAAGCAUCCUGUAAUAUCUUUGCCUUAAAUAGUCAGAAAUAACCCUUAAAAACUGUUUGAUGUGCUCAGUAGAUUUUCUGAGAUGCUGAGAUAUUUUCUGAGUGGUUUUUAAAAGGCAGUGUUAUGAUGUUGAUUUAGUCUUCGAGAAACUCAACUGACUUGAAUGUUGUUCCUCUUGCUGUGUAGAUUUCAUGCAUGUGUUGACUGAAUAUAUCACACAGUUUGAGUAAAAAGGACACAAGUAAUUAUGGCAAA